AUGAAUCGGAAAAACCAAACUGUUACAGAAGAGAAUGCAUGUUCUGUUCUUGAAAACGAAGUUCAAAAGACAUGGCGUAUUGGGUUUGAUCUAGGUGUCUUCAGAGAAGAAACAAAGGCAGCAACAUUACAAGAUUUGACAGAGAGAGGGGGUCUUCUGUUUAAUAUGAAACAGCUUUUUAUUCGAAAAAUGGUCUCUGCACAUAAUUUAUCUUUUAUUGGCUUGGUGGAAUCUAAAAAAGAACUCACCGAUGAAUUUUUUGUUAGGAAAAUAUGGCCUAAUCUAGAUUUCUCUUUUUAUUUUGUUCCUUCUAUUGGUGCUUCGGGUGGUUUGUUGAACAUUUGGAAUAAGGUUUUAUUGAAUAAUGUUUAUGUUUUGAAGGGUGCUAGAUCGAUUUGUAUGGAUUUUGCUCAUAAUAAUGCCUUGUAUCGUCAUGUCCUUAUUUGUGCUAGUAACGUGACAUCUGAUAGAUCUUUAUUACCGCAUGAAUUGAACCACCUUAUGGGUUUUAUGGGUAUCAUUUUUGUUAGUGGUGACUUUAAUGAAAUCAUGGCUCCUGAAGAAAGGUUGAAUAGUAAGGGUUUUACUGCAUUGAUGCUAGCUUUGCGUGAUUUUGUCAACAACUGUGAAUUGCUGGAUCUACCUCUGCAAGGAAGGCUUUUAACAUGGCAAAACUCUUACUCCAAAUCUCGCAUAGAUAGAUGUUUGAUUUCGGCAACUGCAUGUCCUUUAUGGCCGAAUAUGACCUUAACUACUCUGCCGAGUGGCCAAUCGGACCAUGUUCGUAUUUGUUUCCGCUCUGAAAAUGGCAUAGAUUGGGGUCCAAAACCGUUUAGUUCGGUUGAUGCUUGGCGGGAUCAUGAUUUGGUGGUUUUGUCAAUGACAAGGCUUAGAGAAUUACGACAAAAAAUUAAAGUUUGGAAUGUGAAAGUUUUCGGUGAUCAAGCUAAGAAAAUCAAGGACCUUUUGCAAAAAAUCCAUCCACAUGAUAUUGCCACAGAGAGCAAUUUGUUGACUGAAGAGGAGAAGACCGAGUAUUGCAAUCUUAAAUUAGCUCUGUGGGAGGCGGAGAAAAGGGUGGAAUCUCUUUUGAUCCAGAAAUCAAGGCUUAAGUGGAGUUUAGAGGAUGAUAAGAACACGAAGUUUUUUCACAGCAUAGCUUCGAAUCACUAUAGAAAUAAUUACAUUGCUUCUAUUCUGGUGGAUGGGAUUAUUUAUACUGAGCCUCAGGAUAUCUGUUUUCACAUCAGAGAGUUUUACUAUAAACUCUAUAGUCGGUAG